AUGUCGAACGCUGAACUAUGGGAUUUGGAUACUAGUGGGGGAAUCAUGGAGCAAAUUCAGUUGCUGGUGGCUCCCCCUGUUAGUGCAGAUGCCCUGCGGCGCUCUCGCCGGCGGAGAGAAAAUGCUUAUCGGCGACCAGGGCGUGCUGUGAAUCAUGAUUCCUGUGACAGCUGCAGAGAAGGAGGGGAUUUGAUUUGUUGUGAUCGUUGCCCGGCUGCAUUUCAUUUAUUAUGCCACGAUCCGCCCCUGAUUGAAGAGGAGCUCCCUACCGGUGAAUGGCUGUGUCACAAGUGUAAAAUUGCACCUCAGGAGACCAAAGAUGACGAUGCAGAAAGCACAUCUAGUAAAUCGUCUAAUCGGUCCAUCAGAGGCAAGAGGUUGGCUCCGUCCACUGAUUCCGAAGGGAAGAGAGGCUCUACUAAUGGGGAAACAGAUGGUGAUCAAGAGCAUCCCUUGAAGACUCUCGCCAAGGCCGCUCGUCUGAUGAACCCGAUGCAGUUUGACCUGGGGAAGGAGAUUUCAUGUAACAAACCAUUGCCAGGCAGCAGCAAAAGAGUCUAUGGCAAGCCUGUAAGACACCUGCCCAAAAAACAAGCACAUGAAUUGGACAACGGUCUGGUCCCACUGCCGGCAAAGACCUGCUUCACUUGCAGCAAGAGCUGUAGAGUUGCCCCCUUGAUCCAGUGUGACUACUGCCCAUUACUGUUUCAUCUGGACUGUCUGAACCCGCCCCUGACAUCUGUGCCCACUGGCAGGUGGAUGUGCCCCAACCACGUGGAGCAUUUUCUAGAUUCUUGCUUACUAAAAAGCCAGAGCCUAACGGAGAGGUUGCGGCUGUGGGAUCGGUAUACCGGUUUAGUGAACAGCCACACUGUCAAGGUGGAUUUUCUCAACAGGGUCCACAAAAAGAACCCCAUGUUCCGCUACAAGAGGAAGCUUCCACCAAGAUCCACCAUAAGUGUUCCUCCAGCAAUCAAAUAUUUCUAUAAAAACCCACCUUCACUGUUGCCGGACCCAGCCAGGUGUAUGCUGUCAACAGACACAACCACUGAGUUACCAGGUGCUCGUGGCCCCUCUGUUGCUUCACUUGAGGAGCAAGAAGAGUGGUUGCUGAGCGUGGUCGCAAUGCAAGCCAGCAUCGCCAAAUUUUUAGCACAGAAACAGUUGCAGAGGCUGUCAGACAGCGGUAGUAAAUUACUGGACCCUUCCACCCCAGCAGCCAGCAAACCGACAGCCUCUGUAGCGCCAGUUGUACAUACAGACGCAGAGCCAUCUUUCUCAUCUACAUCCCAGUUAUUACAUUUGGACCCUGGACAGAAACAGACGCGGGUUGUGUCUUCAGCAAAUACUUCAACCGAACUUCUUGACUGUGAUAACAACAAACAGAACUCAAACUCCUUGCUCAAUGGUGAGCGGAAGUCCACCCCUAACGGCAGUUAUUUCCAGGACGAUAAAUUUAGUUCGUAUCCAAAUUGGGUUUCUGACCCGGCUGCUCGGAGUUCGGUGUCCCUACUGUCAAAUUAUGUGACCAAUAAUGUUAGCAAUAACACCGCCAGUACACCCACGAUGAACGGAGUCAUGGAUGUGUUGGAUUUUCCAGUUUCCAACAAUGUGGAGGUUCCAAAGUCAGAAUCGCUGCUUCGAUCUCGGAGUAACAGUGUGGAUUCUCUAUCUCCUGCUGGAUCAUUUGGAAACCCUUGGUUCAGUGGAGACACAGCCAACAGUGACAGAAGCAAUAACAACAUAGACAGCUGCAAGAAUAUAGUCAUCAGUGCUUUGAAUAACGGUACUGCUGUGACUAAAGUCCUGUCUGGAAAACCACACCCUGCUAAGGUUAUUCUUGCAAACAAGGCUUCGGUUUUGGGUAACAGUGUCAGCAAUAUUGGGGCUCAGUCUCACCAUGUCAAUGUGCAGCCCCUCUCAGAGACAGGUACCACACCUGUGACCACAAGCUCUGCUCAUAAGGUCAUCACAGUUUCAGCAACACCGUCAGGUCGUACGGUCAGUAUUUCAUCUUCCAACAAGACCAACAACAUCAACAAUAUCAUUGGGUCAUCUUCAGCCAUCGCCAACCUCAGCAGCUUGUUGCAGCAGUGGAUAGAAGGAAACUCAGUGGACAGUGAGUUCUCAAAGAUGGACGAGCAGCUGGCCUACAUCCUAGCAUGGCAGCGUCUGCAGCAACUGAUGCCUUCAAAGCCUCCUCCAGUGAUAGCCCCAGCACCAGCACCUCCUGUGUCGAACACCACCUCCUCCCUGCCUUCAUCCAGCGGGAAGAAAGGCUUGCUCAGUGUUUAUUUGUCUCAACAGAGUGCGUCUGAAGUUCGUGCCAGAGCUGUGCUGUGUCCUCUUUCUGGAAAUGGUCAAGCUGUUCCAAUGCCAUACAGAUGCAUGACUUUAGGUACCGGAGCUGAUAUGGAUGUGUGCUUGAACAAUUUUGGACAUUGCAACUUUGUGUCUGGCCACCACGCGACAAUAUUCUAUGAUGAGGUCAGU